UUCCUGUGCGAGUAGAAAUUCCUACACGAGACACGAGGCAUUGGAUCCUACGCAAGCAGCGGGUAGCACGUAGCACGCGCUGGUCUCUUCGACGAAGCUGUGAAAUCGUGAUAACCGAUUCGUGUAAGCAAGUAGAGAAACCCAUCACCGACGUCAUGGGUUUGUUCCUCCUGCCGCUGUUGUACAGCCAAAUGCAUCUGGUCCUGGCCGCACCCGUCAGCUCGCUGGACCGACCGGAAAACUUAACCUCUCGUAUAGACCUCAUCGAUAACGACAACCGGCGCGACAUACGGGACUAUCCCUGGUGGGCGUACGCCGCGCCGAGACCGUAUCAUAUGCUUAUGGCCAGUUACGCGGGCAUUGACGACAAUGAAUUCUACAUCGCCCUACAUAUGCAUAGGGAGCAGUACAAACCGGAGGAGAUCACCGUCAAGGUGGAGAACCGUUCUGGUCAUCGUUGGGUGGUCAUCGAGGGCAAGCACGAAACGACGAUAGACGACGUCGUUCCCCGGCAGUUUGUCAGACGAUUUCUGCUACCCGAUAGAGCUGAAGUGGACCUGAUGAAGGCCACGUUUUCGAGCGACGGCCGGGUCCUGGAUAUCACGUUGCCGUUGAAGCCGAAGGAUUUGAGUGAUGAGACUGAUGAUAAAGUGUUCAAGAUCGAGUAGACUGGAAAGCCGGCCGUUCCUCCUAACAGCUAGAAAGAGGCUGGCGAGUUCGAGAAACGGUCCCGGCCGUCGAGAGGAAGUCGGAGGACAACGAGGUAUACGUUCGGGAGGAAGUGACGGCGACGCAGGCACAGGAAGCAGGACCGAAGCCCGAAAAAUUAUAGACUGAAUUACGGAAUCUUUUUUUUCCGUUCUAUUUGAUACGUAAUUUUGCACACGUAAUUUGGUUGUUUAACACUUUGCACUUACUCCUACAAAACUACGUUCCUCGCUCUGUUGGCUAUAACUAUAAUACAUUCCUU